AUGGAGAAGAAGAAACAUCUAUCUUCCAUUGCCAAUGAUGUCUUAAACAGAUGUGCCCAGAAAUUGGAUACUUCUGUAGAUUCAUUGGUGGAAGAAUCUGAGAGAGAAUGGGACUCUCAGAUGAAUGAAUAUUCAAAGAAACUAGUAGAAUUUUGCUGCUCGAAAGUGCUUCCUGUGAUGUGUAUCAAUAUAGAUGAAAAUAUUUGUGAUGGCUCCUUUAGCCGCUUCACAUUUGAUAUGAUGCGCGCUUGGGAGAUGCCAAGCUCGGCUGAGGAAGAUUCAUAUAUGGAGUGUGUGGCAAAAGAGAAAGAGGAGAAAAAAGUACCUAUAAAAACCAGUCAAGAGCAAGAUGACGUAUCCCUUUUCUAUUCUGAUCUCAUGCCACUCCUUGUUGAUCACGAAUCAAGUGUUGGAGAAGAAGCCUAUGUGUGGUUGGCAAUGCUCAUUCCUUUGGGCGCCGAUGUUGUUAAUGGGACAUUUACUUUUGAGACACUGACAGCACCCACGGCUAAUCAACUUCACUUUCCUGCUUAUGAUCACUUCCUGAAAGAAAUUAACAAAUGUAUAAAGCAUUUGCAGAAGCAAGAGACACCAACGGGUGUAACACUGGCAGAUGAUGAAUUUAUACUGCACGUGGAGGGAACUGCAGGCUCGCAGAGAGUGGUGCGCCAUAUCGGAGGAACCAGUUGGCCUGGCAGGUUGACGCUAACAAACUACGCCCUCUACUUUGAGACAUCUGGUGUCGUAUCUUAUGAAGAUGCGCUUAAACUUGACCUUUCAAAGGACAUUGAGCAAAGUGUAAAACCUACUGCUACAGGUCCAUGGGGUGCUCCUAUUUUUGAUAAAGCAAUACUUUAUGAAUCUUCUGAAUUGCAAGAAGGUGUUCUCCUGGAAUUCCCAGAGAUGACGAGCUCAACAAGACGUGACCAUUGGCUUGCACUCAUGAUGGAGAUUAUGUUAUUGCAUCAGUUUCUUUUGAAGUUCAAGGUGGAAUCACCACUUGAAGCCUGGGAAAUGCACGCAAGGACGAUACUUGGAAUUAUAAGACUUCAUGCAGCAAGAGAAAUGCUAAGAAUUUCACCUCCGAUUCCAAAAGGCUUUUUAAUUUUUGCUUUGCUCAAUGAGUUACCAAAGGGGGACUACAUACUUGAGGAGCUAGCCGAGAGUCUGAAGAAGGUUACCGGUGCGCAUCUAUGCAGUGCCAGCUCUAUACUCAGGAACUUGAAUGCCUCCCAACCAUGUGUUCCUUGUUUAGAGACGAAUGUCGGCAAAGAAGAAAUUGCCCAGCAUGAAAACCUUUCAUCGUCAGUUAACCAGGCAAAAGAGGAAGGAAAAGAAAUGGACAUGGCCAAGGCCACAGCAGAGGGGCUAAAAGAGGACGGUAUCAGUGAAAGCGCACAAGUUCUUGUGGGACUACUAGAAAAGCUCAAGAAUUUUUUCCUACGGUCUAGAGGAAUUUUUACAUGGGAAAGGCCCGUAACUACUUUAACUGUGAUUUUUGCGUCACUAAUAGUCAUCUACAAAGAAUGGGUUGGCCCAGUUAUAGCAGCUUUCUUGUUGUGGGUGGUUGCAACCAUGCUUUGGGCUAGACGGAAGAGGAUUCCAGAAAGGCAAAACAAAAUUGUAAUCUGCACAGGUUCGAAUCAGACGACAAUGGAGAGCAUUGUGUCAGCACAACAAGGAUUAAGAACUGUACGUGAAGUAGUGCAGAAUAUAAACGUAGCGAUGUUGAAAAUCUGGUCAAUUUUGGUCUCUAAAGCUCCGAAGCAUACAGAUACAGUUAUGAUAACUUUGAGUUGCGGCUCAAUUUUGUUUAUGGUGGUUCCAUUCAAGUUCAUCCUAAUGGCCAUUGUGUCAUGUGGAUACAUGAUGGCAUCCCCAUUGUGGAAGCCCCUGUUGAAAUUGUGGACUGCUCUAAAUGAUAGAAGAUGUUAUCGAGGAUUUUAUCCAGUAGCGCAUGGCACGGAGAAGGUGCAGGGAGUAUAG